ACCGCAUCGGUAUUGCUUUCUUCAUCGUACUUCGUGCCAAAUAGAAUUCCUGUUUGUGUUUAUAUAUAAGCGUGCUUAUAAGACAAGUUGAUCUCAUUUUUUGCAUCUCGUCACAGAUCUGUUUUCUUCUUUCACACCAUCGGUGAUAUCCAACCAAGGAAGUAAUCUUAUUGAACAUGAGGGUACAAAUAUUGAUCCUACAACUGCUCGCGGUGCUUGCUCCUGCUGUCUACUCGAGGAGACCCAGGUCAUCCACUAUAACUGCUAACGACCUAGUCCAAGAAAAUUGUGUAGAAGAAUACAACAAGCUCGGGAGACAGACCGAGCCCGUUAGAGUGCAGAAAACUCUCCGAGUGCUAGAGGCGAACAGAACUUUCACCGCUGAGGCGACUCAUCUACAAGUCCCCGGGUACGAUGGUGAGGGUCCCCUGACUCGUCGCAAGAAACGUUCCAGGUCUGCCAGACACAUAAAAAAGAACAAGAUUCACACCAGACAGCCCUCUGAAGACAUGACCUUCUACUACGGGUACGUGACACCCAGCGGUGUGACCGCAUCCACCGGAACCCCGGAAAACUACUACAACCGGGUGGAGAGAACAGAGAUCCUCUACCGGGUAACCAAGGGUCUCAAGGAAAUGAGUAUCUGUGAGCUGGAGACGUACUACGUGAGGAGGUACAACAAGUUUCCCUUCUUCGUGAAGAGUGUGACCUGUCAGAAGAACAGGGCCCUGAAAGGGGACAUUAUUUGUAACAGCCGGUAUGAAAAGGGCCACAUACUCCGGCUGGUGAAGGCAGAGUGUAUGCCUGAAGGAGAGGGAGGUAAGUGGGAGCACGACUGGGAGACAAGGGUGGUAGGAUGUGAUGCUGUGUUACCAGUUAGCAGGAUUGUCUCAUAACAGAUAGUUUAUAUUCCCUCUACAUGGGAUUGAGAACUGUAAAACCUUGAAUAAAUAACAGUAUGAACGCCUUGAGGCUAAUGAACGCCUAAAAUGGUCUAAGACUGCAACUUGAUCUACUGUGUGAGACUGAUGGCCGUUUGAUACAAAUUGCUCAUGAUACAGAUAUUUUAAACUUAUGUUCACAAUUUUAUAGGGUACAAUUUUGCUUUCAUAAAUAAUAAUCAAUUUCCUCCUUGAGCUUCAUUCAAUGCGAAUUAGUCGACUUUAGACUAAAUUUGAUAUGUAUAACUUCAGAUCUAGAUAAAACUAAACACGAUUUAUAAGAAUUUAAAAAAUAAAGAUACCCAAGUAUUUAAAUUUGUAUCAUACGGCCAUACAGCUCAUAAAUUUGCAUUAAGGCAGAACGUUUGAGAAAACCUUAUAUUUGCUAACUUACUCAUUUCAAAUGCUUUAUAAGUUCAUACUGAGAAGUUCAGACGUAUUUUAACCCGAUAUGGACGCAUGUAUCGAAUACUCAUGAUAUUGAUAAGACGCUUGUGACCCUCAGGAAUUCAAUCGUAUUUUAGUUUUAAAAAGGAGAUUUAUUUAAAUAUCGCAGUUUGAAAAUAAAUGGCUGAAAAUAUUAUUCAUAUAACAUGGUAGUUGAAAGCAAUUCAUGCAUCGAUUUGAUCCGACGGUUGGAAUUUUUCAGCUCGAAGUAAAAAUAUUAUUUUUUAUUUUAUCUAAGAUAGUAUUUUAUCGUGCUAACAUGGAUUUUCUGAGGUUAUUUUGUCAUUUAGUUUAUCAGCUAUAAUGCGGCCCUGUGACUUAGUGAUUAUGAUAGUAUGAUGACUUGAAGUUUUAUGUAGCUUUUUGAUAUGGAGUGGAUAACGGCUGAACUGUCUGAUAUUAAUAUGUCGCGUAUGUAUAUUAUUCCUCUUGAUUCUCGAGUCCUGAUUCUUGAGUCCUGAAUCAAGAGUCCUGAUUCUUGAGUCCUGAUUCUUGAGUCCUGAUUUUUGAGUCCUGAUUCUUGAGUCCUGAAUCAUGAGUCCUGAUUCUUGAGUCCUGAUCUUGAGUCCUGAUUCAUGAAUUCUUUUGUUAAGCUAAAACUUCAUACCCUGAUACAAUUUCCCUAGGGAAAUAAACCAUAACCAAGUCAAUUUCUCAUGUGGACAGUUCAGAUUAUCCAAAGAAGUAGAGAAAACCGUACCAUUAUUGCGACAAAACCUAAACUAUUUGAGUGAAACAGAUUUCACUCUCGUACUGAUUUUCACUCUCGCCCGAAAGUGAGUUGGGCCUUUGCCAAUAGUUGUCGAAGUAAUGGUACGUAGUGUACGGUGAGCCGGGUACAGCCCCAAAGGGGUUUCUGGCAGGUUACAUGUUCGGUUGGUCAACAACUUAUGGAGCAAGAUUUUUCCCUAGGGACCGUUCACAUAUUACGUCAUCAGACCCCAUCCCCAAGUAGCAAGUUUACACUUGAAUAUAUAACAAAUUUCGCAUCAGCGACAAUAUUUUAGCCAAUUUAAAACCCCCCCACCUCCCCCCUCCCCCUUGUGUACGGACGUAAUACGUGAACGAUUCUUAUCGGAGUAUAUUACUGUGAGCUAAAUUUUUCUAAUCAUUACGUUUAAUUUGUCAGGAACGAAUUUUAAAACUCACUAUGAUUUGUUCCGAUAAGGUAUUAUGAUUAUAUAUGUGUUAUCUAUCGUUACUUUUGUUAUAUAUUGAAGGCAUUCGGAGAACUCUAUCGUUACUUUAAGUUUAUAACUAGUAAGUAUCCUCUGGGAGGGCUGAUUUAAUAAUAUCUAUAUCCCUAAAGAGUUAUUUACAAUCUAAAUCGUGAGGGAACAUUUUACCUUUAUUUUGUAUACAAUUUGUAGGCCCUAAUUUUUCAUUUAACGAGGAAAUAGUUACGGUAAAAAAAGCUAUGGCCUGUGUUUCCUUCCAAAUUCUUAAGGCCCUAAUACUUGGAUUAGCCUAAAAUAACGGUUACUACUAAAAUCAAUGUCAUCAAUCAUCAUAUUGCGAAGAUGUUGAAUGUUUUUUACAGAUUAGUCGAAAGCGCAAAUGACAAGGUCCGCUAAAAUCAACAGCCUGAAAUUUUUAAGAAGGUGGCUGAAAAUGUAAGCUAGAGAUCACGUUUUUUAGAUUUAAACGGGGCAUUCGAUUAGGAUACUUCAGGGUUUUUAUAUUUGCAACCAAACGCGACCUGAAAAUUGAAAUCGCAUUUCCGUCUAGUCAUGGGUUUUUGCUUUUCCUAGAAAACGGGCCCAAAUGAAAUCUCCAAAUUUGUCAAGGAGGCUCAUUUGCUUCACCAUAAUAUCACAACAUGCAUAUUUCGCUGCCCCCGGACCGACUAAUGAAAUUUAGAUAAGAAACUUCGUCUUGCUUCAUCAUGACUUAUAUCAGGCUUCGUGCUAGCUUUUGUAUGGAAAGGACCAACUAAGUUCUGUGUUUGGCACGGUAUUGAUGAUGUCAAAUGAGUUAAGGAAUUUUGGAUAUGCUAGAGAAAAUCGUACUUGACACAUACGUAAAAAUUACUGGACAAAUUUGAUUUCAAUUUAUACCUUAAAUUUGCUUCACAACAUACUGAAUAACCAUUGGUUAUUUCACAUAACCAAUGGUUAAAUCCAGGAUAACGCUUAAGCGGCGACCGUUAUAUAAAUCUAUGGACAUCAAUCUUAGUAGUGACUAGUGAUCGAUAUAUUUUAUGGGUGCGUGGUCGAUGAUCUGCUCAUUAGUCAAACCUUUUAAAGGAUAAUAUAUUACCACAUAAAAUACCGGAUGAUAUUUCGUUAUUUUGGAAACAUUGGGAAAAAUAGCUAAUGACGCGUCGGAUAGAUCCAUGAAAAUAUACAGAUACGUUAACAAAAAGGGAGCGACAAUAUCCCGUAAAUAAGGUACUAAUUCAACCUAAACAUUUAAAAAGUGUUUUUAAUGGCACCAAACAUUGUAACAUCAUACUAAAAGUUAGCAGUGAAGAACAAUCUUAGCAUUUUUACGUUGAAAUUUCUAUAUGAUUUAUUUCUCUCUGUUUAUUUGUUAUUUAUGCCGUAA